UACUCCCCAUGAAAUAAAAAGAAUAGUGUGAUUAUGAAGCAGGCAAAGAUCCACAUCUCCAUUUUUAAAAGACCAUCCUUCCGAGUUGUAUCUUCACAGAAGGAGGAAAUCUAACUUCUAUGAGGAUCAUCAAAACUUCUGUGAUUUGGUCAGGUUCUGAUUUUUCAAAACACUUUUGCAAGACUCUUUUGCUCCUAUCUGUUUACAGCAGUCCUACUCUUGUAAUGAAGGUUAGGACACGGUACUUGUUUUAAAAUGUUGAAGUGUUCUGUUGCCAUGGUUUCCACAGACUUUUGUUAUGCAACACAGAUUACAAUGUCAGUUUGAAAUGGUGAAGUGUUCCAUUGCCAUGGUAACAGACAUGGUUCAUAUUAGAAUGUUAAAAUAACGAUCCUACAAGUUAAAUGGAUAUCACUAAGGCUUUUGGUAACAUUCUAAGGCAUUCCCACGAUUGAGGACUUAAACCCAGAAAUCAAUUAAGUCACAAAUUAGACAUUCCUUGGGUAUCAUAUGCUGCAAGUGAAGAAGAUUAUGCUGCGCCAUAUAUUAACAGAUAUAUGUGGGGCUUGCGGCUGCCGGGCAUGCGGACUGUGGAUCCUCAACCAGCUAUAUUGAAACACAGGAUGAAGAAGGAUUAAUUGUGAUUGGCAGAACACUCCUUGCAAGAGAUUUUGGGAGCCAAUAAUAUGGGUUUGUGAUACCAGUUACAGAUGGUAAAAUCUUGCAGUUAAACAGCAACUGACGAUAAAGAUCCAGAUACUAGUGUAACCUGCAACAAAUGAAUAUUGGCUGUGAUUAAAACCAGGUUUUAUGAUUGGAAGGCCAAUCAAAUACCUGCUUGAACAAAAUAAGGAAUAUAAUCCGAGUGACCUGUUUACCUCUUUACUGAGAACUGAGAGCAGCCGCUUUGUCUUCACUGCAGGCACCAGAUACAAGCACCUUAAGUUAAAAUGGCUGAUCAAAGACAGCGUUCACUUUCUACCUCAGGGGAUGCACUUUAUCAAAUUCUAGGUUUAGAGAAAGGAGCAUCACACGAGGAAAUAAAGAAAUCCUACAGGAAACUUGCUUUGAAACACCACCCGGACAAAAACCUCGACAAUCCAGAUGCCUCUGACAAGUUCAAAGAGAUCAACAAUGCUCAUUCAAUAUUGACGGAUAUUUCAAAACGGAACAUUUACGACAAAUAUGGCUCCCUAGGUCUUUACAUAGCGGAACAGUUUGGCGAAGAGAAUGUGAACACGUAUUUCAUGCUGUGUAGCCCGUGGGCAAAGGGUCUCUUUGUACUCUGUGGGGUGAUCACUUGCUUUUACUGCUGCUGCCUCUGCUGCUGCUGCUGUAACUGCUGCUUCGGUAAAUGCAAGCCUAAGCCUCCAGGAGGUGAAGAAUACGAAUAUUAUGUAUCAUCAGAAGACCUGGAGGAACAAAUCCGCAUGGACACGGACGUGGUUGCAGAUGGAGAGCCUCCAAUCGUUCUUCAGCCAACAAACGCAAAUGAGAAAACUCAGCUGAUUAGGGACAGUCGGCGAACCUACAACACAGAUGGGUAGAACCUGAGAGGACGGGAAGUUGAGCUGAAAUUCCAUGCAACCUUUACACUAGGAUGUGCCUUGGAGAGAAGUUGCAGUUUUCAUUUGGAAAAUUAAGCCAUCAGCUACCAACGUUUAAUCACUUAAAAGACACCGUCAAUUGUUUCCAGCAGUUUAAAGAAUUGAUCUACAACAUCAGUCUAAUAUUGCUCUGGACACUUCAAUAACAAAUUCCAUUUUUUCUCAUUUUGAUCUUAUAACAUUAUCGGGAAAUAAGCAGUCAUUUAUUUUUAAUUAUUCUGGUGAAUAAUGUGUUUAAUGUACUUCAACAGCCCAACCCCUCCUCAAAUUAAUUGUCAGGCUUUGUACAACAUGUAACCGAUUUCAUCGUUUUGGGUAAGACAAUAUAUUUAUUAAACAGACUCCAACAAUACCGGAAGAGAAAACCGACUCACUUCUUUCCACUUUACUCAUUACCCUAACAGAAAGUUGGAAUUUAAUCGUCUGCUACUAAAUAUUUCAGCAGGUCCGUUGCUUAUAACUGCAUUCUCUGUCUGUGCAAUAUUGGCACUGUUUGUCUAAAACCAAUAGACAUGCUCAUUGGUUUAAGUGCUGCUAAAAAUUGGGUUUCAAAUGCAAGUAGACAGAUUGGAUGAUCCAUGUCAAUAAACAAUGCUAAAGAUUUUAGCAGGGUGCUUCAGGUCAAAAUAAAAGUUCAUUAAAAUAAUUUUAAUAAAUGCAAUACAGAAAUGGUUUGAUGUGGCUUUAUAGCAUGUUCUGUAAUGUAUUUCCAACUGAUCUCAACUGUAACUUUGCCUGUCAUCUGCAUGUCUGCUCUGUAAAUUUAGGAUGCUGUAUUUUAGCUUUAACAAGCUACACAUUUCUCAAAUACCUGUUACUAAAAGGAAUAUUUUUUUUAUUUUGUGUGUAACAGGAUUAGACUAAUAUUGAAAGCUUUCUAAAGAUUGUAAUUGCUGUAUUUAUAGAGCUAUUGUAUUUCUGGAACAAAACUGUAUUAUGUUUUGUUGUUAAUAUCUCUGAAAUCUAAUGUCUAAAUGUCUGCUCUCUUAAAAUCAAAUAGAAGAGCAUUCUUUCAAAGGCUGGAUUUAUAUAUAUUUAUGUUCUGUUGUUACUUAUAUUGUACAUAUCCUAUUAGUUUUCACAAACCCUAGUUAACAACUUUUCUUUGCUUUGAGCAAUGUGAAAGCAUCAUCUGUUAUUCAUCUGUGAAGGAAGAGUGAAAUUGUAGUUUAGGAUAUUUUAAUGUUGGUUCAUAUUAUACAACACAUUCCCCUUGUAAGUUACUACUCUUGGCUGCAGUACUUCACAGAUUCCAAUAUUAUCUUGUUUCUCCCUCUCUUCCAAGACUUGAAAUUGUAAAAGUCUGGAAUGCUUUUGGAAACCUAUAUCCUGCACUAUAUUUGGCUACAUUGCUUGGCACAACUAUUUUAAAGUUCCACUGAUUAGGAACUUUGCAUUCAAUGCUGGUCUUUAUCAUUUCUGCCCACGUAAGCCUUGAAAUGUUGCAGCCCUGUUUCUGAGAAUACAUCACAAGCUUUACAGUUACUCAAAGAAAAUUUGUUUAAAUGUUGCAAAUAUGAUUUUUUUUUUUUAAUUUUCAAAUAUUCAUGCUUCCUGCAUUCCUGAGCAUUUCCAGUACUUUCUAUUUUGUGCCCUAUAAUUAAUUGUAUCACUUCUGAGAUGAUGAUUCCUGAUUAUAUUACUUUGACUAGAGUUUAUCCGUCAACAAAUAGAAAUAUAAAUAAAAAAUAAGAAUCUGCUUAGGUAUAAAUGUAAAGCACAGUUCUCAGAGCUAUUAGCAUGGCGAAUAAACAAUUAUUUAUAUAAAAAAGGUGAAAAAGAGGAAUGUCUGAAAGAACUUUUGAAGUAAUCACUUAAAGCAAUAUUUAUUUUCGAGUCAUAGAUUAACCCAACACAAAAACAGGCCCUUCGGCCCAACUUAUCCAAGCUGACCGAGGUGCCCCAUCUAAACUAGUCCCAUUCACCUGUGGAUUACUCCUAUCAUUCUAAACUUUUCCUAUCUACGUACGUGUCCAAAUGUCUUUUAAAUGUUGCUAUUGUACCUGCCUCAACGACUUCCUUUGGCAGCUUCUUCCAUAUGUCAACCACCAUCUUUGUAAAAACGUUGCCCCUCGAGUUCCUGUUAAAUAUGUUCCCUCUUAUCUUUCUAAUUCUUGAUUCUCCUACCAUGGGAAGAAGACCUUGACCAUUCACCAACCUCUUCCUAUAGCUCUAGCCCUCAAGUCCUGACAACAUUCUCGUGAAUCUUCUCUUUCCAGCUUAUCUUUUCUAUCACAGGGUGAUCAAAACUGAAUACAAUACUUCUAUAUUCAAUGCCCUGACUGAUGAAGGCCAACAUGCCAAAAACCUUCUUCACUGCUGCCACUUUCAUGAAACUAUGCAUUUGAGGGAAAUAUGUAUUUAUUUUACUUUUGCAUUUCAUGUUUAACCUAAUGUUUCUGUUCUGCUUAACAAAAAUACAUAACCACCAAAAAAAGGAAAGAAAAAUGUAAACAGGAAUAUUAUUUAAAAUAUAUGGCUGGAUUGGAUGACAAUAAUUAGGAAUAUUUCAGUAUUUAUGGUUUGUGUACACAUUACCUAUGUUAAAGAAUAUUAUUAAAAAGGUUACUGUUCUAAAAAGCUUGUACUUGCUCAAUGCUGACUAGAAAUCUCAUAUUUGAAUGUCUACGUUUCUUUCCCUGAUUAAGUUAGUAAAUGUUCUCAAUGUGUUUUCCAUGUCCAUAGCUUCAUAACAAGAAUGUAUAUUGAAAUUUGAAUAUGAACAAUUCUGCGCCUGGCGCUCUUACUGUUAAUUAAUCAAAACAUUUUUUGCUCCCUUUGAUUUCCAUAUUGCACUCUUAGAACAAGAUUCUGAUGCACACAUCUCUAUCCAUAAAAUAUAUAUUCAUGUCCCUGUUUAGGACAUUGUAUAUCUUUGUUUGAGUAAAUGUCUUGCAGAACGUGUGUGUUUAAUAUUCCCAGAUGUUCUACAUGGUUAGUGAGUUCACUACACCCAGAUGUUCUGCAUGCCAGCAUGUUCAACAUGCACAGAUGUUCCACAUGCCAGUGUGUUCAAUACAUCCAGAUGUUGUGCAUGGCCAAUGAGUUCAUUACACCCAGAUGUUCUGCAUGCCAGCAUAUUCUAUAUGCACAGAUGUUCCACAUGCAGCAUGUUCACUGUAUCUAGAAGUACUGCAUGCCAGUAGGUUCAAUAUGCACAGUUCCACAUGCAAGCAUGUUGGCUAUAUCCAGAUGUUCUGCAUGACAACAUGUUCAAUAUACACAUAUGUUCCACAUGCCAGCAUGGUCACUAUAUCUAGAUGUUCUACAUGCCUGCAUGUUCAGUAUAACCAGAAGUUCUAAUUGGUCAGCAUGUUCAAUAUGCCCAGACGUUCUGCAUGACAAGUGGCAAUAGCAAAUCAGUGAAUGCGGCUGUACAAUUGCAUUGACGAUCAUGGCAAUUAGCUCCCAUCAACUCUGUGGAGCUAUUUUCAUGCCCAAGAUAUAU